AUGGCGUCGCCUCGAGUACUUCACCUCCCUAGAGCCCAGUCGCUGGCGCGAGCGUGCGCGCGUACAGCACUGGCUCCUCCUGGAUCCGCCUCUCUACGCCCCUUUCACUCGACCACACCUCUUGGUACCGAUGGGGUAUUCAAGGCCCUUACAGAAAUGCGUGUGCGGAAGCCGUGGAUCGAGGCAUUGCGAGAAAGAAGAGAGGCAAAAAAGAACCCAGUAUCCACACCCGAGGAGACCGUGAAGCCAGACUUGACGCCGAAGCGCAUGUCGGAUAGCUAUGUCAGCGUGGUGCUCCCGUUGUCCAAAGAUCCAUGGAUGCUUGACACAUAUGCGAAUUACACCGGACAGAUACGCACCGGUACAUUGCUGAUGGACCUUGACGCCUUGGCUGGGGUGGUCGCGUACAAACAUACCGGAGAAGGUGUCACCACCGUCACAGCUGCCGUGGACAGGAUCACCAUCAAGAAUCCCAUCCGUGAGAUAUGUGACUUGCAGUUGAGCGGCCAGGUGUCUUUCGCGACUGGCAGGAGCAGCAUGGAGGUGACUCUCCAGAUUGCCAAAGCGCCAGAAGAAGGUCAAAAAGUUGCUCCCGAGGAUGUCUUCAUGACAUGUGCUUUCACCAUGGUGGCGCUGGACCCAAACACCAGGAAGCCCCUCAACAUCGCUCCGUUGCAGGUGACCACGCCGGCCGAGAAGGCCCUCUUCGCCAAAGGUGAAGAGAACUACAAGAGGAAGAAGGCCUUGAAGUCGUCGCACAUCCUCGCCAAAGCUCCCGACGCAGAAGAAUCUUCCCUGAUUCACAAAAUGUGGACCGACUCUCUUGCUUACGCGGAUACUCACAAUCCCAAGAACCAGCCUCAGAAUGUUCUUGCCAUGUCCAAGACACAAAUACACAGUACUCAGAUUAUGCAGCCUCAAAUGCGCAACAGGCACAACUUUAUGAUUUUCGGUGGAUUCCUCCUCAAAACCACAUUCGAGCUGGCCUUUACCUGUGCGGCUGCCUUUUCUCACACCCGACCAAGAUUCAUCAAUCUCGAUCCCAGCACAUUCGAAGAGCCGGUGCCGGUAGGAUCGGUUCUUUACGUUGCCGCAGGGGUGUCGUACACCGAAGCAGACCCCAGCGGUGGGACGCGCAUCCAGGUCAUGGUCCGGACACACGUGCGCCCAGUCGAACACCAAGACAAAGAACGCAAGUCGACCGGAACAUUUUUCUACACCUUCUACACUCCGGCCGACGUCAGUGUCCUGCCACAGACUUAUAGUGAAUUUAUGGGCUGGGUGGCAGGUCGGCGCCGAGCACAAAAUUUGGCUGCCACCCUCGCGGCGGAUCCCCAUCAGUUGCUUACGAAUUCUCAAACCGAGCCGUUGACGGAAUAA